GUUCGAAAUGGUUUGGCUGAUACCGCAUUGUUUUGCAGAAUUAGUUCAUGAGAUAUACUGUUGAUUUGUAGAUGUUUCUGAUGUAGGUUUAUCAAUGGGGCCGAGUUGAGUAGUUUACCAGUUGAACUCAGCUGAAAGAUUUUGAUGUGUGGAAUUAAGACUGGACUUCGUUUGUAAUCUAAUGAAUGCUGACAAACGGGCUUAUUGAUUUGACCUGGAUCCAAGAUUUGUAGUUUAGUUUAUCUUCAGAUUUGAGUGCCCAUAAUCUUUUUGACAAUGCUAUUUAAUGGAAUAAAGGGGGAAAAAGGACAGAAGUAAAUGGAAAAAUGAGCUUACUAACCAAGGAGGAGCUCAGAGCAUUUUUCAAAUACUAGUGUUUAGUCUCUUUGCCCUAAAUUAGUGAAUCAGGCAAGAUGUUUUUGUGCGGAAUAACAAACAAUUCGUAAGUGCAAAAUACUCAUAACAGAAAAGAAAUGUGGGACAUGGGAACUCCUUCACAACAGUCUAGCAUCAUAUUGCAUUCCCAUUUACUAUCAGUCAAGGAAGUUUCAUUAAUGUAAAUAGAAAAAUGAGGCUUUGACAUAAGUAUGUUGAUGAAGAAAAAUAUAUUUUUUUCCCAAUAUCAGAAGAGCCAUUGGUUUGACAAAAAUAAAGGAUAUCUAUUCAUCUUCGAUCACAGAUGAUGAGCUUUACAUGAAGCAUGUUACUCUACCCAUUUUCUAACAACUGCACACACAUGAUCUCCAGAAAUGUUUUGGUCUAUGACCCAUAAUCUCAGCAGGUUUUAAAACUUGAGUAAUAUUUGCAAAGAUCUUUGUCCUUCUAGAGGUGGACUCUUUGGAGCAGCUUUUCAGUCAGUUGAUUAAUUUCCAAUGCGGGAAUGUUUGCAAAUCUAUCUUGUUAUUUCUGUUGUUAUGUUUCUGCCCUCAAGUUAUAUCAUUAGGCUGCCCAGCAAUUACUUUGUCAUUGAGUGGAAUAUGGGUUGUCAGAAUCCUCUGUUGAAGCUAGCAUUUCAUUCCUAAGGUUAUAUUUGGUUUGUUUAGAAGAAUAACUUUAUUCUUUUGAUUUCUGCUUCAAUUUGAGAAUUCACAUAUGUAUGGGCCUCAAGCACAUUGGGCCGUAAUACAUAAUUUGUAAUCUGCUCAGUUAAUAACUUAAUGCCUAGUGAUUAGUUUACCCAAUCAAGUUCCUGCUGCAUUUUAAACCAGUAAUACUUUUUCAAGCCCUGUUUGAAGUUCCUCUUGUGACAACAUCUCGAAGUAUUGACAUAUGUGCUUGACUGUUAGUGAACUGUUAUUCUGAUAUUUAUUUGUUGAAUAUGAAGCCUCCUGUUACUGACUCAAAAUCUCACCCGUGUGGGUGUUUGGGGGUGAGGGCCAUCGUUCGCACUUGUGUGUGUGCCUCUCUUUUUGUCUCUGUAUGUCUCAGGAAGUUUGCUCUGCAUGCUAAAUUCUCUUCUGUUCUCUUUAGGAUAUGUAAUUUAUUUUAUUCAGGCAUUUUGUUUUUCUCCAUCGUUAGAGUCAUGUCUUUUGAUUGCAGUUGGAAAAGGAGAAUUGUUUUUGAGUAUGAAGGAGACAGAAAAGAAGAGAAAUCCAAAAAAUACUAAAACAAAGCAUUCUGCAAGAUCUGAACAAAGAGAUCAAAAACUGCAUCAAGAGAAUGCCUUCAAAAUUUUUUUCAAAGCAAAAGAAACAAAUUCUAAAGCUUCAUCAGCUAAAUUGGACUCUAGUAUCUUAGUGACUGAUUCAAAUAUGGGCAUAGAGCCCUCUGAAGUUUUUGAAAACAUUGUUAUACUUUAUGUGAAUGAUGUCUACAGGUCUGAGGAGGCAUCUCAACAUCUGCAAAUCCUUCAAAUGGUUGAUAAAGAAAGCAUUGAUAAAUUUACUGAUUACUCUACUGAUUUCAAUAAAGAAUCGAAGGAGGGGAGGGGAGAAGAAUCAGAUUCUGAUACAAUAAAUGGUUCAGUAUCGUCUCAAGGGGAUACACAAAUAGCUGAGGAUCAGAAAGUAGAAAGAGCUUCAGGAGUUCCAAAAAGGAUUGCCAAAAAGAAUACCUCUGACAGUUGUUCCCGUUCAUCAAGAUUAAAGUCUGACCGGGGGAAAAAUAUUGCACAGAGAAAGCAAAACACUCCAAACAAAGCCACAAAAUCAAAUAAAGGACUUUCUGUAUCCGCAACCAAAAAUAUGUCUGAUAACAACUCAAAAAUUAUGAAAGUUCAUCCAAAACCUUCAUCAGAAUCCUCUGAAGGAGUUGAUGAUAAGCUUCUUGUAGACGCAAAGGAAGUGGAUAUCAUGGAUGAAGCCUCAAAUGGAGCUCAGAGUGUUGAGAGUGAUGAUGAAACUGUCAAUGCUGAGGAAAAUGGAGACCAUGAAGACAACAUGGCUUUGGAUAAAAAAAUUGAAGAAAUGGAAAUGAGAAUUGAGAAACUUGAAGAGGAGCUUAGAGAAGUUGCGGCUCUUGAAAUUUCGCUUUAUUCUGUGGUACCAGAGCAUGGCAGCUCGGCACAUAAGCUGCACACACCAGCAAGGCGCCUUUCCCGACUAUAUAUCCAUGCUUGCAAAAAUUGGUCUCAAGAUAAGCGGGCCACGGUUGCUAGGAAUUCUGUAUCGGGGCUUGUUUUGAUUGCCAAGUCCUGUGGCAACGAUGUUCCGAGGUUAACUUUCUGGUUGUCAAACACAGUCGUUCUGAGGGAAGUUAUUUCUCAAGCAUUUGGCAGUUCGUGUCAUUCAAGUGCUCUAACAAAGAUUAUUGAAUCAAAUGGAGGAGAGAAGAAUAGCAAAGGGACGCCUUCAUCACUAAAAUGGAAUGGUAGUUCUGGCAGCAGACAAUCAAACAAACUUGGUUUCAUGCAGUUCAUUGAUGACUGGCAGGAAACAAGAACCUUCACAGCUUCACUCGAGAAAGUUGAAUCCUGGAUUUUCUCUCGCAUAGUUGAAUCAAUAUGGUGGCAGGUAAAUACUUCACUGACUACUGUGCUGAUGUUGUGGACCUUGGCUCCUAAUAUGCAAUCUCCAGCUGAGGAUUCGAAUAACAAUAAAACUAUUGGAAGGAUAUUGGGACCUGCCUUGGGUGACCAGCAGCAGGGCAGCUUUUCCAUCAACCUUUGGAAGAAUGCCUUCCAGGAUGCUUUUAACAGACUUUGUCCCGUUCGUGCAGGGGGACAUGAAUGUGGUUGCUUGCCUGUCUUGGCAAGAAUGGUAAUGGAACAAUGUGUUUCCAGAUUAGACGUAGCCAUGUUCAAUGCUAUUCUCCGUGAGUCUGCGCAUGAGAUCCCAACUGAUCCUGUAUCAGAUCCUAUACUUGACCCCAAGGUUUUGCCCAUACCAGCUGGAGAUUUGAGCUUUGGGUCUGGUGCACAACUCAAGAAUUCGGUAUGUAUCAGAAUCAAUUAG